GGAUCACCCACCUGGAUGAAGUGCAGGUGGAGACGAUUUCCUACAUUUUUUUCUUCCUGUCCCUCUGUACUCAAAUAGAGGGAAGGUAAGGACCUGCUGGAGCUGGAAAAAGUGGAUGCAAGGCCAGGCUUUAAGGAUGGAGGAUCUCAAGAUGUUAUCUCAAGGAAUUUCUACAAGAGGACUAGCAGAAAGUAAAGUUACAUCAGGUACAGAUAGAAAGCUCCAUUUCUUAGCUGCUGCUCCCCUGAUUUAAGCAGGGGUUGACUAUUUGCUGUGCUUUGCUUGCAGCAGCCAAGCUCCCGGUACUGAAGCUGCUGCGCAGGAUUCUUCCUGGGAGGGAUGGGAAACCCCUGGUGGCUUUUUGGGGAAGCAAGAUGCAAGCGCAGGCUGGGCAGCAUGUUCAAAGGGGACAUGCAAGCUGCUAGGAUGCAGGAGGACGUCCUCGCAAGGAGGAGAUGGUGACAGCUUCCUGCUUCCGGGCGGUUAUAGGAAACUGGCCUCCCAGGGUUGCUUUUCCCACCAGUCCCCUCCCUCUGGCACUCAGCCCUUGCUCGGUUUCCACGCCUACUUUUUUCAGAUGCCAUGGCAGAGCCGCACGCAGUGAGCAAUCUGCAGGAAGAGCUGACCUGCCCCAUCUGCCUGGGCAUUUAUAGGAGCCCUGUGUCCCUCGCCUGCGGCCACAGCUUCUGCAAGGAGUGCAUCCAGGAGGCACUUCGGUGUUGCCCACACAGCCUCUUCAGCUGCCCGCUGUGCAACACCCAGGCAGUUCCCCCUGCGGAGCUGCAGCCCAACAUCCAGCUCUGCAACGUAGUACAGAAGUUUUUGGAUACCUGUGGGCAAGACAGCACUCACGGAGAGGAAGAAAAGCAUCAAGUGCAAUGUGAAGAGAUGGAAGAAAGUUCAGGCCAGCAAAACGAGGAGGUCGUGUGUGAUUUCUGCCUUGAGAAGCCCCUGCCAGCGGUGAAGACCUGCCUGAGCUGCGAGACGUCCCUGUGCCAAGCCCACCUGGACAAGCACAGCACAAAGGCUUCCCUGAAAGACCAUGUCCUGGUGGAGCCCUGUGAUGUCCAUGUUUUGGCAGAGAGGAGAUGCCCCCGGCAUGGCAAACUGCUGGAGUGCUACUGCGUGACAGACUCGGUCUGCAUCUGCGUACUGUGCUGUGUCACCGGCUCCCACAAUAGCCACAAGAUCAUCAGUGUGGAAGAGGCUUUUGGCCAAGCGCAGAAUGAUUUUCCUAAAACUCUGCAAUCAGUGAAAAUAUAUGAAGCUGAAGUGAAUAGAAGCUUGGAAAAUCUGCUGAAACAAAAGAAUGACAUAGAGGCUGCGGAGAGUUUGCAAAGGAAUCGGCUGGAGAAUCUCUUUGAUGAGAUGUAUAAGCAGCUGGGUAGCAGAAAAGGAGAGCUCCUGGAAAUCCUCAGUCACAGUGAGGAGCAACAGCUUUCUCAAAUUCAGGCACAGAUACAAACAUACAAAGAGAGGAAGGAUGAAACCAGCCAUGAUCUACAGGAGCUGGAGGCUCUGAGAGAUCAGAAAGACCCACUACUUUUCACUAAGGGUUUGACAGAGAUACAAGCCAGGAUAAGGAAGCUGGUUCCUGAAAAAGCUGCUGUAAAACUGCCAAAGCCACCCAUUAUUUUAGGUGAAACAACAAAAGAGGCUAUUCUAACACUUUUCCAGCAAUUCAUCUUGAACGUAGACUUCUCAAGUGAAUCACUACCUGUUCAUGAACAUCUGACUUUUGCACCAUCUCACACGGGUAUAUUCAGUAUAGGUGACUAUGAACUCACUGCAAACCCCUUCAUGUGGCAACAACAGUCAAUGCACAGAGUGAGAGAUCUCCUGCCUGUGUACAGCACCCAGAGCUUCUCGGAGGGCUGGCACUUCUGGGAGGUGGACACCAGCCGCACAAGGCACUGGAAGCUGGGGAUCACUCAUCAGUGUUUUCAUUGCUACCUGCAAAUGGAUGGCAGUAAUUUCAGAGUGUUCCUAGAUAAAACAAAGAUCACAGAAAAGGCUGCUACUACAGCUAUCAGCACAGUCAGGGUACAGCUGGACUGCAGAAGAAAUAGAGUGUCAUUUUAUAACAUCAGUGAUACGGUCCUUGCUAAGAGAUGUCAGCUCAUACAGACAGUAAACAUCCCUGCGAGCUACCCUGUCCGUGCUGGCUUCAACAUUUCUAGCGGCUGCCUGAGACUCCUCUAGAGAUGUGGGAGCAGGUCUGUCUUGCCUUUUAAGCUUCGUUUCUCUGCGUAUCAGGGCUGCUGCUGUAUGGACUCUGCUACCUUGGCAAAACAGAAAUUGGGCUUUGGGCUGGGCCUGUGAGUGGGCAGCCUGUCCCCAAGUUAUAAUCAGGUUCUGGUCUUCAGCAGCAAUGGGCUGAAUCGAGAGAGAGAAUGAGAAAAUGAGACCCUACCUCUACAUGUUUCUGCUCAGAUUUUCAGCACACUGUGGCUUGCUGCAGCAACUCCUAUCUUACUUCUUACUUCUGAUAAUCAUGAUGAAAAUACUGUGAAGUUCUACUUUAGUUCAACUGCAUAGAUUGCUGUGGUGGAUGGAUGUUAUUAAAGUAAUACAGUUUGCAAAACUCAA